AUGGCAUCGGCCUCACAGACACCACUUUGGCUAUCCCCAAACGCUGGAAACCACCCAAUUGACAAGUAUCGGCAACGGGUAAACGAGAAGUUCAAUCUCAGCCUUCAAAAUUCUCAUCAGCUUCAGCAAUGGAGUGUGAAACAGCCUCAUGAUUUCUGGAUCGACUUGUACAGGUACAUUGGGAUUGUUCCAGAGCUCCCCCCUGAUACCACGAGGGCAUACGAUGACUCGCUCGCGCUCAACGCAAUCCCGCCAUUUUUUAAAGACAUAAAGCUGAACUACACGGAGAAUAUACUAAAAGGAAAAGAUCCUGAGGCAGUCGCUCUUAUUGGCAUACGGGAGUCCGACCCUCUGAAUGGGGAGUCUGUGACCUGGAGUCUGCUCAAUGAACGGAUACGGGUUGUACGCAGUGCCUUGCUGCAACAUGGGAUUAAGCAAGGAGACAGAGUCGGUGCUAUAGUGUCAACUUCUAUCUGGAGUGUGGUACUUCUAUUGGCCUCUGCUUCGAUUGGUGCUAUAUUUUCAUCCAUAUCACCGGACAUGGGGGUCGAGGGCUGUAUAUCUCGCUUCCAGCAGAUAGAACCUUCCAUUAUCUUUGCAGAUAGUGAUAUGUCAUACAAGGGGAAAAGGACCCCUCUCGACGAGAAGAUCAAAGCUGUCAUGCACAGAUUACCCAGAUCUCUCAUCUUUGUAAACCUGAUCGGUACCGAGAGCACGUCAUCUUUCCCGCUAGUCGAAACCUUUCUAGCAAAGGCUCGAGAUACAGAUGCCCUUGAAUUCACACGAGUCCCGUUUUCAUACCCCCUCUAUAUUCUUUAUUCAAGCGGUACCACUGGGCCACCAAAAUGUCUCGUCCACCAACACGGUGUUAUUCUGCAAUUGCUCAAAGUAUCUCUUCUCCAUAACUCUCUUGGACCGAAGGAUAUCGUUUUCCAAUAUACAAGCACUUCAUGGGUACUGUUCAACAUCAUGAACGGGCACCUUGGUGCAGGAGCAACGCUAUUAUGCUAUGAUGGUUCACCACUAUGGCCGGAUGCGACCACUAUGUUGAAGAUAUUGGAAAAAUUCAGGGUAACAUAUUGGGGAACUUCUCCACGCUAUUGUCUCGAACUCGAAGCAUCUGGGGUCAUUCCACGCGAGAAGUUCGACCUUGGCGCUCUCAGGAUGGUGACGACCACUGGAGCAACACUGACGGCAGAUCAGUUCCGGUGGUUUUAUAAGGUCUUUCCGUAUGUCCAUCUAAGUAGUGUAGCAGGAGGGACAGACAUAGCAACAUCCUGGAUUGCGAGUGAUCCAUCUAGUCCGGUGUAUGCCGGGGAGAUGCAAAUUUUUGCCCUGGGAAUGAACGUUGAGGUUGCAGAUAGCGAUACAGGAGUUUCAAUUACGCAUACUGGCCAGUCCGGAGAACUGAUAUGCAGGACACCCUUUCCUUCGAUGCCAGUGUUUCUCUGGGGUGAUAAGAAUAAUAAGAAGUAUAACUCUUCGUACUUUGAACGGUACGAACAUAUCUGUGUUUGGGCUCAGCACGACUGGAUCAGUGUGAACCCAGCCACCAAGGGUAUAUCAAUGCACGGAAGAAGUGAUGGCGUCUUGAAUCCAUCAGGGAUCCGCUUUGGUAGCGCCGAGAUAUAUGCGAUAUCUGAAGGGCCACAAUUCAACACGGAGAUCGAAGAUACCCUUUGUGUUGGAAGACGCCGCAGAAACGACAAGGACGAGGACGUCUUCCUUUUCGUCAAGAUGAGGAAUCAAACCCAGAACAACCUGACCCCUGAACUAGAGCAGCGAUUAAGACUGGCCAUACGAACCAGUCUGUCACCACGCCAUGUCCCCAGGUUCAUUUUCCAAGUCCCGGAAAUACCGGUGACUAUCAAUGGGAAGAAAGUCGAGAUUGCUGUUAAGAAGAUUAUCAGUGGGAACAAGGUGCAAGUCAGCGCCACGGUGAUGAACCCAAAAUCACUGGAAUUUUAUGAACAGUUUUGCGAGCUCGAGGCUCAACCCAAGGCUAAGCUGUGA